AUGGAGUCCCGAGACUCAUCGCCAGCGCGGCCUGGCGCCCGGGAGAAGGACGCCGACUUUGACUUACACGUCGACCACGGAACCUCAUCCCACGACCCCGAAGAGGCCUCAAAGUCUCUCCUAAACCCUCACCCCACCGACCGCGACCGCAAGCGUUGCUUCACGACCUCGUACACGCGCCUCGUUGUGAUCGUCCUCGUCUCCCUUCUCCUCGGUGCUCUCACCUCCCUCGGCCUCACCACCCUCGUAUCCCACAUCCACAAAAUCUCUUCCACUACAGCCCACCGGAACGACAACACCCUCGCCUCCCCAUCCCACGACCCCCAGUCCUCCGUCAAGUUCCUCCACCCAGCACCCUGUGGCACGACGCCGUCCGAAGCCCGCGCCUCCGGGUGCCUCUUCGACCUCAUCUCUUUCAACUGGCUUCCCCCGGCAUGCCACGACGCCGAGCUCGCGGCGCAGUUCGAGGAGGAGCUGCGUGAGGCGGGGCAGCUGUCGUGGUACGAGGACAUGCAGCGCACCAAGCCUCUGUCAAGGGACCAGAUCAUGACGGGGGAGCACUCGGGGAUCUACGUCUCCCUCGGGUACCACCUCCGCCACUGCACGGCCAUGUGGAGAAGGAUGCACCGCGCGCUGAUUCAGGGCGGCGGCGGGCUGGGGCGCGUGGACGGGUACAUCUGGAGCUACCACCACACGAGGCACUGCGAGGAGAUGCUGCUGGCGGGGCACAACGGGAGCGCGGCGGGGGAGCUGUUCACGACCGAGGUGAGGAUCAAGUAUCCCGACUGCGGGGUGGUUAUGGAGGCGUAG